AUGGGUGCCACAAUGUCGGAGGCGUUCCCUCCCAAGGCGAAUUGGUCAGUCACUCAGAUCCCUGACCUUUCUGGACGCGUCAUGAUCGUCACUGGUGGGAACACCGGUGUCGGCUAUGAGACCUGCAAAGAGCUCCUCAAGCGUGACGCCAAGGUCUACCUGGCCGCGCGCAGCAAGGAGCGUGCAGACGCUGCAAUCGCGCGAUUGAAGCAGGAUACCGGCAAGGACGCCAUCUUCCUCCCACUCGACUUGAGCAGCCUCGCCUCGGUCCGCACCGCGGCGACCGAGUUCAAGGGCAAGGAACCCGCGCUGCACGUGCUGUUCAAUAAUGCCGGGGUGAUGUCACCGCCCAUCGACGCGCUCACCAAGGAAGGGUACGACAUGCAAUGGGGAACGAACGUGCUCGGCCACUUCUACUUGACCGAGCUCCUGCUUCCCGCGCUCGAGCAGGGCGCGAAGACCUCUCCUGAUCAGCACGCGCGUGUGAUCACAACAGCGAGCAGUGCGGCGUACUCGGGCAAGAUCGACUUCACGGCGAUGGCGGACACGCCUGAGCGCAAGAAGGUCGGGGAGACGUCGCUGUACUGGCAGAGCAAGCUGGGCAAUGCGAUCGUAUCGCACCAGGCCGCGCAGAGGUAUGCGGGCAAAGGAAUCGUUUCGAUUAGCCUCAAUCCCGGGAAUCUUGACUCGGAUCUGUACCGCAACUUCCCUUCGCUUGUUCACACCAUCCUGCGGAAGACUAUUCUGUAUCCGAACUCGUACGGCGCCCUCACACAACUGUACGCGGGCACGAUGCCUGAGGCGCUCAAGCUCAAUGGCGGGUGGAUGAAGCCAUGGGCGCGCGAGAGCAAGCUCAAAAAGGCUGAGGACGACGUGCUUGGGAAACAGGUGUGGGCAUGGUGUGCGGACGCGGUGAAGAAGUUCGAGCAAACACAAUAG